AUGGCGGUUGGUGCUGGUUUGAUUGAUGCGAAGUAUUGGGUGAUGGGCUCAAUAGGCUCCUGUGUUUCUGAGACCGCCUCCUCCAGCUACCGCCAUUAUGCUCCACGCUCAGUGUUCCAUUUCUCUCCUGUCAGUGGUGCUUACAAUCCUAUUUAUUUUUUUGUUUUAGCUUCUGCUCUGCGCUUCUUAGCUUGUGCGGAAGGCGGUUCUGCCCUUUUUCCUCCUGCUCUAUUGUUGGCUGCCAAAGGAUUGUUCUGCCUAUCUAAGGUUAAGAUUAAUCAGAAGAUGAUGAAAUCUGCAAUGAUUAAAGAUCUAUACUCUGAAAUUGACAGACUGAAGCAAGAGGUGUAUGCUGCUAGAGAAAAGAACAGGAUUUAUAUACCAAAAGAUCGUUAUCUGCAGGAUGAAGCCGAGAAAAAGGCAAUGGCUGAGAAGAUAGAACGCAUGGAGCUUGAUGUGGAAUCCAGGGACAAGCAAUUUGUGGUGCUUCAGGAACUUUACAAAUCUCAACAGCUAUUGACAGCAGAGUUAAGUGACAAACUUGACAAAACUGAGAUAAAAUUAAUUUAUUUUGUUGCCCUCAUAAUAGUACGUCUUGUUUUCCCCUCUUUUGCUCAUGAUGUCACAACUAUAUUUUUGUUGUGCUCUAGAAAAUGCUGCAGGAAACUGAGCAUGCUUUGGCUGAUCUGGAGGAACGGUUUAGACAAGCUAAUGCCACAAUAAAAGAAAAGGAGUAUCUGAUGGCCAAUCUUCUGAAGUCUGAGAAAGCACUUAUGGAGCGGGC